AUGGGUUGGAUCGGAGAAACAGUAGAUUCCAUCAAAUCUAUCAAGAUCCGUCAGGUUCUCACUCAAGCCGUCACGCUCGGUAUGAUCGUUACGUCUGCAUUGAUAAUAUGGAAAGCGUUGAUGUGUGUGACUGGAACUGAAUCACCAGUGGUGGUUGUUCUCUCUGGAAGCAUGGAACCUGGCUUUAAGAGAGGGGAUAUAUUGUUCUUGCACAUGACCGAGGAGCCUAUUCGAGCAGGCGAGAUUGUUGUUUUCAAUGUUGAUGGUCGUGAUAUUCCCAUCGUCCAUCGAGCCAUCAAAGUUCAUGAGAGGGGAAAUACUGGAGAAGUUGAUGUUCUAACAAAAGGUGACAACAACGAUGUGGAUGACAUCGGUCUCUAUGCUGAUGGACAGAUUUGGCUUCAUCGGCAACAUAUUAUGGGCAGAGCUGUUGGAAAAGCCUAUCAUCAAGUAUAUACUUAUCGGUGCAUUGGGUUUGCUCGUUAUAACAUCCAAAGACUGAGACAACAAACAGAAAAAAAGCCGGUCGUUGGGUGUGGAAGUGGUUCCUGA